CUUCUAUCUGCUGAUUAAUCAAGAAGGGGCAAAUGAAGAAUCACAGCUCCAUAUGUGACUAUAAAGGAUGAGACAAUGUGAGACCAUUUGUACCUCCUACGAUGCCGAUGCUUCCUGAGCCGUCUCAUUGUAUUCUCACUUGUGAUUAAUCUUACCCCUAUAUCCUAUCAACCGGUACUAUGAGAGUCCUUAUCGUUGGUGGAACCGGCACCAUCGGUGGUCACGCAGCUCUACAUCUCCAGUCGAUUGGCCACGACGUUUCAAUCGCCGGUCGUCACCCUCCACCAGAGACCACCGCUCUUAUCCAGCUUCCAUAUCUCCAGGGAGACUUUGUCCAAGAAGGCUUCACGAAAGAUCACUUAACCGGCUUCGAUGCAGUGGUUUUUGCUGCAGGCCACGAUAUUCGUCAUGUACCAAAGGGAGAGAACUUUGACCAACAUGUCCUCCGCGUGAAUGGCGAGGCCAUCCCACGAUUCGCUCGUUUAGCGCGUGAUGCCGGCGUAAAGCACUUUGUCUACAUCGGAAGCUUCUAUCCGCGCAUUGCAAAAGAUUCGAUCGAUUCCAAUGCAUACGUUCGCUCUCGAAAGCUGGCUGCCGAUGGUAUUCUUGGUCUUGCUGGAAAAGAGUUCAAUGCAUGUGUUCUCGAGGCCCCGUUCGUCGUAGGGAUCGUACCGGGAAUGAGUACGCCCAUGUUUGAAGCCUACAUACGCUACGCCAAAGGGGAGUUGGGGAUCCCAUUCUUUGGGCCACUGGGUGGGUCGAACUUCAUGUCGACUCUGUCCCUGUCGGAGGCAAUUGCAGGUGCUUUAAUACACGGCGAGUCGGGCAAGGCUUACCUGUUAGGCGACGAGAAUCUCAGCUUCGCAGGGUAUUUCCAGAAGUUCUUUGACGCUGUCGGUAAUAACGCGGCACUACCAUCACUCGAUCAAGAGCACCCGUUGUUGCCUGAUGCGGUCAUUUAUUCGGGUCGAGGAAAUACGGUGUCAUAUGAACCAGACCCAGCUGAUGUCGCGCGACUUGGCUAUCGCCGUCACGAUGUCAGUAGAGCAGUGCUUGAGAUUAAUCUUGGAAAGAGGGGGAAAAUGAAUAGAUGAGUUCUAUACAAUUGAUCUCUAGGCCUUAGCCCGGGGCUCUAGCAUAGCUUUCUGACUAUUUCCGACAUACGGUAAUAUUUCGUCCCACA